GAGCCCGCUUGCAGCUCGCAGCUGAGCAGUUUGGCGACGCUCCCUGAACAGUGACAGGCCAGCAGGGCUGGAGCUGCCUAGCUCCCUCCUUCCACAGCCAGUGACAGGCGAGCCCAGAGAAAGGAGCCUGCAUGUGCCUGUUCGUGGCUCCACUCAGCCACUGGACUGCAGCGGAGGGGAGGAAACCGGGGGCCCCUGCCGUGCAGGGGGAAGGAAGCCAGGGGGAGCAGCGGCUGGAAGAGUGGAUCCAGUUUGUUGGGGGGGUCGUUUUUCCUUGUGGGAGAUGAACUUUCUCAAUUAAAAGUGCCCGGAGCUGAGCUGUGAAAAUGACGGUGGAAUUUGAGGAGUGCAUCAAGGAUUCACCCCGGUUCCGGGCGACCAUAGAUGAAGUGGAAACAGAUGUGGUGGAGAUAGAAGCAAAGCUUGACAAGCUGGUGAAGCUAUGCAGUGGGAUGAUUGAGGCUGGGAAAGCCUACAUCACCACCAACAAGCACUUCGUCAGUGGGAUCCGAGACCUGUCGCAGCAAUGCAAGAAGGAUGAAAUGAUUUCGGAGUGCCUCGACAAAUUUGGAGACAGCCUACAGGAAAUGAUUAACUAUCACAUGAUCCUUUUUGACCAAGCCCAGAGGUCGGUCCGGCAACAGCUGCACAACUUUGUGAAAGAUGACGUCCGGAAGUUCAAGGAGACAAAGAAACAGUUUGACAAGGUGCGCGAGGACAUGGAGAUCUCUUUGGUGAAGAACGCGCAGGCCCCACGGCACAAGCCCCACGAGGUGGAGGAAGCGACGGGCACUUUGACCAUCACCAGGAAGUGCUUCCGACACCUGGCCCUGGACUACGUAUUACAGAUCAAUGUCCUCCAAGCCAAGAAGAAGUUUGAAAUAUUGGACGCGAUGCUGUCCUUCAUGCAUGCCCAGUACACCUUUUUCCAGCAGGGCUACAGCCUCCUUCACGAACUUGAUCCCUACAUGAAGAAACUAGCCACCGAGUUGGACCAGCUAGUGAUCGACUCGGCCGUGGAGAAGAGGGAGAUGGAGCACAAGCAUGCACUGAUACAGCAGAGGACUCUCCUGCAGGACUUCUCCUACGAUGACUCCAAGGUGGAAUUUAAUGUCGAUGCCCCCAAUGGAGUGGUGAUGGAAGGGUACCUCUUCAAGAGAGCAAGCAAUGCUUUCAAAACAUGGAAUCGGAGGUGGUUCUCCAUACAGAACAGCCAGCUGGUCUACCAGAAGAAGCUAAAGGAUGUCCUCACGGUGGUGGUGGAAGACCUGCGGCUCUGUACUGUCAAGCCCUGUGAAGACAUAGAAAGAAGAUUUUGCUUUGAGGUCGUCUCACCUAGCAAGAGCUGCAUGCUGCAGGCCGACUCGGAGAAGCUGCGCCAGGCCUGGAUCCAGGCGGUUCAGGCCAGCAUUGCCUCCGCUUACAGAGAGAGCCCAGACAGCUGCUACAUCGAAAGACUGGAUCGAACCGCCUCCCCUUCCACCAGCAGCAUCGACUCUGCCACUGACUCCCGAGAGCGGAGUAUGAAAGGGGAGAGCAUACUGCAGAGGGUCCAGAGCAUCCCUGGAAAUGACCAGUGCUGUGAUUGCGGCCAGGCGGAUCCCCGAUGGGCCAGUAUCAAUCUGGGCAUUCUGCUGUGCAUCGAGUGCUCUGGGAUCCAUAGGAGUCUGGGCGUUCACUGUUCCAAAGUCCGCUCUCUCACGCUGGAUUCCUGGGAGCCAGAGUUACUGAAACUAAUGUGCGAGCUGGGGAACAGCACCAUGAACCAGAUUUACGAGGCACAGUGCGAAGCGUUGGGACUUAAGAAGCCCACUGCGGGGAGCUCCAGGCAAGACAAGGAAGCCUGGAUCAAGGUCAAGUACGUGGAGAAGAAGUUCCUCAGGAAGUUGCCUACUGGGGAGGCCCUGGCGGAGAACGAGAGGAAGCCCCGGCGUUGGAGCGUGAAGAAAUGCCAGCGGCACAACAGCACCACAAAAGCACCUACGGCUCGUAGGAAGUACCGGCAUGAGGCAGGAAAUGCAUCGCCGGCCCCGCUCUCAUCAGCUGCCACUCUGGAGAGGAAAUUUCGGCGGGACUCUCUCUUCUGUCCCGACGAGCUGGACUCCCUCUUCUCGUACUUUGACACUGGUGCCGGCUCAGGACCCCGCAGUGCCAGCCACAUCUCUAUGCAGCACCCGCUGGCAGCUGGCCCCUGGAGUGGCAUUGGUCCCGGUGGGAGCGGUAUGCCGUUCCUCCUGGACGGAGGUCUGAGUAGCGACAGCGGUCUGGGUGGCAGCACGGACGGAAGCACUGACGUCCUGGUGUUUGGCUCGGUGGUGGACAGCGUCACAGAGGAGGAAUGCGAAGUGUCGGAGGAGUCCAGUGGCGAGGCGGAGAUAGAGCAGGAGGCCUCAGACCUGGAGGACCUGCGGGAGCUGCACCCCGGCCUGCUGAUUUACAAGGCAGCACAGGCCAGGAACUUGCCUGUCAUGGCAGAGGCUCUGGCACAUGGUGCCGAGGUCAACUGGGUAAACGAUGAAGAUGAAAACAAAACUCCUCUGAUUCAAGCUGUGAUGGGGGGCUCCUUGAUAGCCUGUGAAUUCUUACUCCAGAACGGAGCAGAUGUUAACCAAAGAGAUAUCCGGGGCCGGGCUCCUCUGCACCAUGCCACGUAUCUGGGACACACUGGCCAGGUCUGCUUGUUCCUAAAGCGAGGCGCCAACCAGCACGCAGUGGACGAGGAUGGCCAAGACCCCCUCAGCAUUGCAGUCCAGGCAGCCAAUGCAGACAUAGUCACCUUGCUGCGUCUGGCUCGAAUGAACGAGGAGAUGCGAGAAGCUGAGGGCCCUUUCGGACAACCAGGUCAAUAUCCCAGCAACAGCCCCACUGAGCUCCAGUACAGGAAGUGUAUACAGGAGUUCAUCAGCCUUAAUAUAGAUGAGUGUUAGUGACAACUCCCCACCGGCCUCUCCUUUGCUGUCUUGAGUGGGCUGAAUUCAAGAAUGCCGCCUGAGCCCCACCUUUGGUGUAUAUUGGUGUUUCUUGCAUAUUGGCCUGAUUCUGAUGCCUACAGCAGAUAGGCCAAGAUCCACAGAGGAAGGAGAGGGACCUUUCGUGUUAGUGUAUAAUUCUCAUGCUUGACUAGAGAUGGUCAAUUUCACACAGGAGGAGAUUCAGGGCACACGACAGACCAUGGCUCAUGGGUUUGAGUGUGCGGGGAGUGCACGAGUUUAGUGUAAAAAAGAAAAGGAAACCCUUUCUCGGCAGAAGAAAAUCACCAACGAUACAGCUGGAUGAUAUGCUUGGAACCUGCUGUGUAUUUGUAGUGCUAUAGAUCGGCCCUCCACUGAAUUAUCGUAUGAACAAAGUUUGUUUCGACAGCGUGCUGUUGCUGGAGCCCUCUCUUAUCAACGGUGCUCAGCAGCUUGAAGUGCUCAUUAGCAAAUGGGGUGACUGCAAGGUUUGAAAGUUGUCAGAUCCAGUUUAAAAUGCUAACGCUGGGGCCUCUUAAGGCUGGAGGAGGGAAGCUGCAGGUAGAGAUCCUCUGCUGCAAAAGGCACAUGUGACGGGGUAGGAAGGAGAGACAUGGCCGCCCACCUUACAUGCUCUCAGGUUUAAACCAGCAAAGCUCCCUUUUUAAAGCCAACAGUAGCUAGCUGGUCAAAGCCAUAGCUUAGCUGCUUCCUGGACUAGGGUGCGAUGUGUUUAGUGUUACUGAAGCAGUGAGGCUAAUUUUUUGUGGCCAGGAGAGGCUUGUCGCCGGCGAUGGGCUUUGUGGCACGAAAGAAAACUAAAAUCAGACGCCCACAGCCUGAGUGGCUAACUCAAGCUGCUGGUUUUUUCCCUGGUCAGAUUUCCUACUUAGCCCCUUUCUAGGAAGGGGAUUUCUAUUUGUAUGCGUGUCCCUAAAUGCUGUGGUCCCUCAUGCUGAUGCAUGCGAGCAGGGCAUUUCUGCAGCAGGUCCAGGGAAUCCGGAUUGCUCCAUUUCCAUUUACUGGCUGGACUAUUUUGGCUUUUCUUUUUUUGCGGGAGUGCGGGGGAGACCUAUUUCUACUCAGAGCCACUUUGGAUUUUAUGGUCUGUGUUUCUGAUGUGCUCGCGGUGUCUCGGCAGAGAUACCGUCACCAUGCCGUCAUUUCUGCAGGGGGCUUGGAGAUCAUGGAUGAAAUUGGAAACCCAACCUGUGACUGUGCAUUACCAUGGAAAGCAUCACUGGGCUCCUUUAAGAGUCCAGUUCCACUGAGUGCUGAGCGCCCCAAAUGCCAUUUAAGUCAAGGAAUUUGGGAGCGCUCAGUGCCUAACAGGAGAAGCUCAGGAUCUUGAAGGAUGAAAUUCUUAAUCAGGAAGGUCAGGAAGACUUCCCCAUGCCCUAUCCCCUCCGCUAAGCUAGCAAUGAUACACUGUAUUAUUUCUUUCCAUCAAAUACUUGUCCAAUUCCUUUAACAAAAGCUCUGCUCUGCAUACCAACUGCUGCCCUUGGUAAGUUAUACAUCUGCUGGUUGCACUCUGUGGACAUAUUUCUGUCCUCAGGUGCAGCAAGAGCAAGCAGGUUCCACUCAAAUCUGUGCCACUCAUCCAGGGCUAGAACAGUAAAGAAACGCCACCCAGUUCCUUUAGGUCCUUUCACAGCUAAAGGGCUGGAUCCUGCUCCUUUGGAAGUCAAGGAAAGCAUUGCCACCGAUGUCAGUGGGGCAGAGUAUGUCCUGAAGAUGUGCCACUCACUUCCUGUCUUCGCUCAUGGCUUCUUUCCUGUCUGAUGCCUUCGAAACUGUGGGAUGGCCACUCCCGGAAUGCCAAGAUCCCAUCUCAAUUACACCCAUGUGCUGUAAAUCUGGAAUAACCCUACUGAGUUUGCUGGAGUUGCUCCAGAUUAUCACAGGAGCAGACUCUGGAUGGCUUCCCCGCUCCACCCCCCCAGGAUAAAAACCUAUUCUCUCCAGCCCUUCGCUGUCCCUUUUCCAUCUACACGCCCUCCUCUCAAGCACAGAGAUCGUGCCAGUGCUCUUUACAUAAUAUGCCAUUACCAAGGCUGGAUUGUGUAAGUCUUCAGCAUUUAUGUAGUCCUCCUGUCUUCCUGCCCUGUACACUUGGUGGGGCCCACAGUAAACCUCAAGCCACCUGCACUAUCCCCUUUAAGCACACAGCGCCUGGUUCUGACACCGUUAUGCAGUCCAUACUCAGGCAGUCCUCCCUCCGAACCCUCCUCUGAGUGAGUGCUGAGUAAAGGCUUUAGGAUGCCUAUGGUGGGACUUACUAGAGGCUAAAUACUGCAGUCUUUGCUCGUACCAUACUCAGGCAAAACGCCCACGGACUUCAUGAUUAAAGCCUGCAGGAUUGUGCCCUUUGUAGUGAAAUGGUCACUUGUUACCUUUUAAGUACAGAGAAUGGACAUUGAUAUUUAGUCCCUGUAAUUCAGGGGACAAUUUCCUGGUGACCAGAUUCUGAUCUAGAUCUGGUGUAAAUCUGGAAUCACUUCAUUUGAAGUCAGUG